AUGAACACCUCUUGGUCCUUAUAUGACUAUUUUUUUUCAACUGUUUUCUAUUGUACUGGGUCAGUAGCUCUUGUAUGUAAUGUUACACUUAUUUAUCUUAUUAUUACACGAUCACCUAAAACCUUAGCGGCUUACAGAGUCUUCCUGUUGAAUGUAGCUCUUGGAGACAUUGUUUUUACACUUUCCGGAACAUUUGCUCAAAUAAGAAUAAUUCCUAACAAAUGGGCCUUUGCAUACAUUCCAUUGGGUCCUAGUCGUUUCUUUGGACCCCAUAUAUCCUAUCUAGCAUAUUGUGUGCAGCUUCACUCUUUGUUCUAUUCGUUUUUAUCUUUUCCACUUUCAUUUGGUUUUCGGUAUUAUAUCCUCAUAAGGCCAAUGCCAACAGUUUCUUCAUGUGUUCUGCUAUGCCUAUGCUUGUGGAUGGUGGCUCUUGGUCAGCAUAUUUUAUUCAUUUUUUCGGAAUCGCCAACGUCCGUGAUUGAAGAAAGUCUCCUCAUUAACAAGCCUCAUUAUAAUCUGACUGGAUGGCAAAUAUCUGGGAACCAUAUGUUGAAUCAGCCAAUGACUAGUGUAGUCUUAGGAACAAUUGUAUUGCCAAUGUUUCCCAUAUACGUUCUCGUUAUAUUUUUUUAUAAGAAAGUUCACAAGUUCUUGAAGGCGAAUAAUGAGAAUAUGCGAGAAGUGACUGUUAGAGGUCACAAGAAAUUAUUGAAAGCCAUUACAAUACAAGCUUCCAUUCCUAUUUUCUUCAUGUUUCCACCUAUUACCAUUUAUGGCUUAUAUCACUUGGAAUUUAUAGACUUCACCAUCAUAGAGUAUUCAGUGUACGCUUUGUUCAGUUUUUUCCCUGCCAUUAGUCCAAUGGUUACAUUGUACUUUGUUAAACCGUAUAAUCUAGCCAUUCGAAGGUUCUUCAGACUCCAAGAACGAAUCAGCCCGUUCACUUCAGAAACAGACAAACACGCUCGGUAUAGUACUUCGCAAAUUUGA